GCGCGCGAGAGCAUGAGUAGACGAGAGGGUCCCCGCGCACGCGCUAUUAUUGUUUUGACUGAAAAUGCCGUCGGUUUCGAAAACGGCGGCGAGCGCUUCUCCUCAAACCGAGAAACCAACCCACUAUACAUAUUUGAAGGAGUUCAGGACCGAGCAGUGCCCACUGUUUUUGCAGCACAAAUGCACACAGCAUAGACCCUUUACGUGUUUCCACUGGCAUUUUCUAAAUCAGCGAAGACGGAGACCAAUACGAAGAAGAGACGGGACUUUUAAUUACAGCCCCGAUGUAUAUUGUACGAAGUAUGAUGAAACAACAGGCAUAUGUCCCGAUGGAGACGAUUGCCCUUAUUUACACCGGACCACCGGUGACACAGAGCGCAAGUACCAUUUACGCUACUACAAGACCGGCACCUGCAUCCAUGAGACAGAUGCUCGUGGGCAUUGUGUGAAGAACGGCCUUCACUGCGCCUUCGCUCAUGGGCCACACGACCUACGGCCACCAGUUUAUGACAUCAGAGAGAUCCAGGCCCAGGAAGCUCUGCAGAAUGGCCAGUUGGGAUCUGGAGAGGGAAUUCCUGACCUGCAGCCGGGUGUGCUGGCCAGCCAGGCCAUGAUUGAGAAGACCCUGAAUGAGGACCCACGCUGGCAAGACACCAAUUUUGUGUUGGCCAACUAUAAAACCGAGCAGUGCACCAAGCCUCCACGUCUAUGCAGGCAGGGCUAUGCCUGUCCUCAUUAUCACAACAGCAGAGAUAGGAGAAGAAAUCCCAGAAAGUUCAAAUACAGGUCGACGCCGUGCCCGAGUGUAAAGCAUGGAGAUGAAUGGGGCGAGCCCUCCAAGUGUGAGAGCGGGGACAGCUGUCAGUACUGCCACUCUCGCACCGAACAACAGUUCCACCCAGAGAUUUACAAAUCAACAAAAUGCAACGACAUGAGGCAGACUGGAUACUGUCCAAGGGGUCCAUUCUGUGCUUUUGCACAUGUGGAAAGAAUUCCUUCCACAGAGGAGACCAUGAGCACGUUGCUCACAGCAAUGCAGUCGGGGUCUCAGUCCAAGCUGGGCUCUCCUCAAUACCCAGAGUGUCCAGUCAGCGAGUGGAGCAGCAACACCAAUUCCAUCACCAGCAGCGGCAGCAACAACGGCCAGACAGGAAACGUAUCAUGCACUAAUAGUCCAACUGUAACACCAGGCUCAGGGAGCAACAGUUCUUUGUCCCCAAUUGGACCCAUCAGCAGGCCAAAAUGCUUUACUAAUGGUAGCUUUUGUUCAGAGUCCACCACGUCCAGUGUUUCCUCUCCGACGUCUAACUAUCCCAAAGCUCCAGGUUUUGAACGGGAGGAUCAGGCAAAGAACCAGAAGAGCCUGAUCGGGGAAAAUAAUCAAAAGUUAAUGGACCAAGACAAACAGGCUCAUGGCAGUGUGUUCUCAGUAGUGAACCCACUCGCGUCUAGUAUAACAUCAAGCAUCACGUCCAGCUUGGCCUCCAGUAUUGGAUCUGACAGCUCGUCACCCACCACUUUAUCAACCAUGAAUGCAAAAGCCACGCCUUUCUACCCAGGCAGCAAUACUGUGGAGUCAGUAAUAGGAUCUGCACUUGACCUGAAUUUUAGUGACAUCAAUGUUGCCUCCCUUGACAAAGAGCUAGAGGACCAAGACAACAAUGGCCUUGGUUUAACAAGUCAGAGGUUAUUAGGAGGCUCUGCUCCUGUCAAUAUUCCUGGCUCUCUGGCUCGGUCUUCCUCUCUGCAUUCCUCAUCGUCUCUCUCUGCCUCCCCGCUCAGUUCUCUGUCUCAAUCCCUGUCCCAGUCUCUCCUCACUGGAAUGGCCUCCCAGCAGAGCCAGCCACAGGCCCCACCUGUUAAAACCGAGCACGGCCUUCUGGGAACACCCACAUCUACGCAGAACUCCUUAGGUCUGAAUGGCGGAGCGGGGGGAAUAUGGGAUUUUAUGAGUGGCAGCUUCUCUCCCAGCCCUUCUCCAGUGUUCAGUAGCCUUACUUCCAGCACGGUCGGCUCCAGCAGUGCAGACAUCGGCCGACUCCUCCGAGAAUUGGAUGAAGCCAAGCGCAAGAUAAAGCAAUGGGAAGAAGCCUGGCAUCAAGUAAAGCAGGCCUGCGGAGCGUGGCAAAAAGACGCUCACGAAGCGAAGGAGCAAGCUAAAUCAGCAGAGGCAGAGCGGCAGCUGGCGGAGCAGAAGCGGGAGGACACCGAGCGCAAGCUGAAGGAACUGCAGGGAGACUUUGACAUUUUGUGUCGCUCCCCCAACACUCCCCUCCUGCGCAGCUACGGCGAGCUGGACCAGCUCCCCCUACCAAAGCUCCGCUCCAUCCAGAGCCAGCUGCGCUCUGACCUAGACCUCAUAGACGGGGUAAUAUAUCAGCUUCAGUCAAAGAAAUGUAUAGUUUGCCAAAAGCAUGAUCGUUCCAUUGUCCUGCAGCCUUGCCAACAUUAUGUUCUUUGUCAGAACUGUGCGUCUGGUAAAACGGAAUGUCCUUACUGUAAGAUGAAAAUUUUGAAGUGGUGAUGUACAGCUAUCCAAGGUACUAUUUAACGAUUUAGCCCUUUGAAGAACUACUAAUACAUAUUAUUAUAAUUAUUAUUAUUAUUAUUAUUAUGCUUACAGUUUCUAAAUAGCAUUUUUUGUGUUUCAGUAUUUCAUAUAGUGAUUCAAUUGAUUAGUCUUAUUAGAAUCUAAUAAGUGGUGUUUGACUGAUACAAAUCAAGUACUUAAAUGCAAUACCUGUUUUGUACAAGCUAGAUUAUCCAUUUUCAUAAAGCAUUAAAAACUUUUCCCUUGGUUAUUGCUUUUGGCAUUUAUAGUCAGUUGGCCCUGAUUUGACUGUUAGCAACAAAAUCAUCGGCCCGACGCCAUUAUUGCUACUAGUUGUGUGAAGAGGAUUUGUUUCUUGUUAAAAGCACUUUGUUGACUUGGAAAUUUGUCUGAGGGUAUUUUUUUUUUCUUUUAGAAAAUUUGCUUUAAGCUGCUUUGUAGUUUUUGUUUUUUGUUUUGUUUUGGUUUUGGUUUUUUUUCCUUAGAUUUAUAUUUUUCCCAAAUACGCUAAAGUAUGAAGCUUAUGUGUGUACUGUGAAAAACAUAGAAUAUUUCAUUUUUCUUACUGUUAAAUCACGGUAUAGUGUAUAUAUCUUGUUAGUUUUCAUAUAAGAUAGUACUAAAUAGUAGUUAUUAUUACUUUCAUUGUUACUUAAAUUUUUCAAUCAAAUAAGUGCAAACUUUGAAUGCAUUUUAGGCAUAACCAGCAGCUGUAAUAUCAGUAAGGCACAUACUGUAUGCUAAGGCAUUUAGUAAAUGGAUUUCUCCGUCUUAUAGUGACUAUUUAGAUAUACAUUAUGUAGUUGUUAGAUGAGCACAUGUGUUCUGAAGGCCUCAGCAACACAGUAUUUUUGUUUUUUUUUGUUUUUUUUGGACUUUAGCCUUUCAGAUAUGUUAGAACAUAUAUCUGAUUCCUGGCCACUCCCUCUUAAGUGCCUUGCCUUAAAAACAUUCGAAGCAUCUGUGAAGAGUUUAGGAUUGUAGUAGAAAACACAUAGCUUCUGCAAAGUAUGUAUUUUUCCAGUAGUGUCGUAUUAUCGGAGCAUUUAGCGGCCCAAUUUAGUACUAAAGUAUUUCAGAGAGACUUCACCCUGGUCGGUGCCUGAGCUCUGAGGUUCAGCUGAAGAAUCGAUCCUUUUCCUUCAUUAACGAUGGUGCUUUUUGGGUGCAGCUUCAUUAUCCUUAGAUAUGUUGAAUCAUCCUUCAUUUAAAUGUGUAGGGAUAUUCAAAUCAGGAAAUGUGUGUUUCUUCGAUUGCAAAAACUAAACUGGCUUAGUACAUUUCUGUUUAUUGAAAUGUGUAGAAUUGUAGUGCUCUGUAGUGUUUACAGACAGAAAUCAUCGGUGUUUUUCGUAUCCAAAUUCGACGGUGUAAUGUGCUUAGGUAAUCUAAUUGAAAUGACCUGCUACUGUGUUAUCUGAUUUAUUUGUUUUCUUUCUUUCUUUCUUGUUCCUUUCAUAUUUACAGCAAUGAGUUUGUGCGGUAAAUUGUCAGGUACACAAAGGUGCAAGUUCUUUUUUUUCUUUUUCUUUUUUCCCUCCGUUUCAAAAUCGGGAUAAACAGUUUACUUCAAAAGGGAUGGUUAUUGAGGAUCUAGUUGUCCUCGUGUGCGUGUGUGUGUGUGUGUGUGUGUGUGUACACACAUACAUGCAUAUGAUUUCUCUCUGCUUUCUUUCUUGCGUUCGUAUCUUAAUCCACAAGGUCUGUAUGUAGCUGAUGUUCUUGACUGAUUUGUCACUGCAUGUGUCAGUGUGUAACUUUUGUUAACCAGCUGAAGCUCUAAAUCACACUGCCAAAUGUGUUUGUGUUGAGCAGACGUAUCCAGUUGUCGGUCAGGCAUCACAGUCGAGUAUUCGGGGAAAAAAAAAUUUGCGCAAUGCUUUAAACGCAUUGACUUUGUGCUUAUCUUUUCUAGUCCGAUUAGCAAAGACGCGUUCUUUUUCCGUAUGAUGGGCGACAUAGGUUGAAAUGGAUCAAAGCAGCUUGGGAUAUUGUGACGUUUCCAGCACUCAAGUGUUCACGACUUUGUCGAGGGAAUGGUUCCAUUGUUUGGUUAUUGGACCAUAACGUAGGGUUUUGUAACUAUAAAAUGUGGUUGGGAUUUCAUGCGACAUUUAUUUCUCAAACGAAGAGUGCGGUCAAAUCAAAUGUGGACUUUACUCAAACGAACCAAAGUGGUAUUGUAGUUUAUACUUGUAUCAAAGUUCAACUGAAGUGGUGUACAAUUACUAUGUCAGUUUUUCAAUGUUUAAUUUGACAGGACAACUAUGCCAACUGCUUUUGCUGACAAUAUUAAUGGACUGAAUGCCCAUUUUUGUAGUUUCUACCAAAGACCUUUACUAUUUGUUCUCUCUUCGAUUUUAUAACUGCAUUUUCAUUUUCACAUUCUGAGGAAAUAGUUAGGAAUUUGACCAAAUCUAGUACCUUAUUUACAUAAUAUGUGCAUUCAAAAAACUCCUAAUGAAUCACAAUUCUUUAUAAACUGAAUAUAAAGAUUGUGGGUUUUUUCUUCAAUUUCUCAGUGAAAUUGAUAACAUAGUAUUGAAUUGGCUGUAAUCUACAGUGAAGGAAUGUCAUAGUAAUGAAUGAAUAUUUGUGUUAAUAUUCCUAAGUGGCCAUAUGGAUUAGUGCUUAUUUGAAGUAUAUAUUAUUUCUUUUUAUACUACUAGUACUUAUUUGUAAAAUUCUGAAAUCAGUUUUGAAACAUUAGUUGUUGUGCACUACUUGUAUGCUGUCAGGAAUUUAAAAGAGUACUCGGCCCGUAAGGUGCUUUCUUUGGUUUCCAUUUGACUGGUGUUUGUUUUUCUGUCUGUUUAGUUGGGAUCUGAAGAAUUUAAAUACGAAAGAAAAAAUUCUCUUUUUCUUUUUUUUUUCUUUUUUAACCUCGAAGUCUAUUAUUGUAUUGUCAAAUGUUGUCUACCAUGGCUGUGUAGAACAUAUUUGGUUGUGAUGUAAAAUGGGUCCCUUGUUCAUGCGAGUUGAAAUGGCUGAGACAGACAGUGGGUCACAUUUAUGAAAACUGUUCGACUACAUUUCCUAGCCUUAAACAUCACUUUUUGGCCUAGUUACAUUUGUCUGUUAUGGUGAUGAAGAAGAAAAAAAAAUAUGUACAAGAGAAUUAAAAAAGAAAAUAGGCCUGCACUUAAAUGCCUGAUUUACAAUCGGUCAUUAUGCUUCAUAAUAUUAAGUCUUGUGUAUCAAGUCUCUUUGGAACAAAUUUGUGCCUUUUUAAUAAUAACACAUUGAAAGUAUUUUUGAUUGAACAAAUGGAUAAUUCCAAUUUAGAAAAUGAGCCGAAUUUUAGUGCCUUGAGAUAUUUUAAUCUGUAUUUCUCAAUGCAUGAAAGGCCCGUCACACAUUGUUUUACAGACCAGUGUAUUGAAAUAAUAAUUAAAAAAAAGUUUGAGUAAUAAGUGAUUGUUAUUCUGAUAAAGAAACAUUAAUUGAUGUUGAAAAGUCAGCAUGAUGAUGCAUGCACAGUGUCUUCUGUCAGCGUAACAGUUACAGAGUUUUCCAAUUGUAUUUUUUACCAAGGGUGUGUUGAAGCGUUGAUGAUAUGACUGGCUAAAAAGCCCAGUCAUUUACAGUUUGGGCUUCCAACUGUAUUUCCGUGUUAAUGGUUUGUUUGACAUUGGUUUUCUGUACAAAAUGGCAGAUUGUAAUUAUUCAGUCACAUAAAUCUGAACCACGGCAUGAUCUUUACACACAAGAAGCCCCCCUGUCUGCAUCAGCCAUUUUAAUGCCAACUGUAAUCUUUAACAAAAAUGACCAUUUAAUGUUGAUGUGAGACCAGGCAUCUGUAAUUAAAGAAGCACCAAGGACUCUUUUGUUUAGCAAUGUGUAAAUUAAUGUAUUGGAAAUUUUACCAUAAUGCUCUGCCGUGGAAAUAAUCAUUUCUUUCUCUUUCUCUUUUUUUUUUUUUUUGCAUUCUUGUGGAUUUUUCUUUUAUUCAUUUGUUUUGUUUUGUUUUGUUUUUCUGAUUUUGUUUUCUAUCAGUAGUGUGAUUUAUUGAACCUAAGGAUUUAUGCAAUCUUGUAUAUACGUAUUACAUAUGAAACUGGUUAAAUUUAGCAAACUAGCCAGCGGGGAAAAUACCUAUUACAAUAGUACACUUUUGUAAGAUGCUAAAAUAAUAAAACAAAAACAAAAACAAAACAAAAAAAAAAACAGAAUUUUUGGAACCACUGUUCCCUAUAAUUAAUGUUACGGUUAAUCGAACAUUAAAUCCCUGAAUAUUGAAUGUACCAUUCAAAUUAGAUUUAAAAUGGGUCACUGGAAUAACAUAGAGAACGAUUGAACUAUAAUGAUGUAGCACUAGUUUUGUGAAUUGCGAUACAUUACGAAUACAUUUCUAAGUUAAACACAAUUGCAGUUUUCAAGUUUUGUGUAUUUAUCCAUGUAACAAUUUGAUGGAAAAUGAGAUGUAUUUUUCUCAGGGUUUUACAGGAGAACUGUAGAAUAGAGAGAGAUGUCCAAUUUUCAAAGGAAACUGCAACUCACAGAUUUAUUAGCUCAAAAGUCAAAAUGAGGAAAUCAUUUAUAUUGCAAGGAAGAAACAUAUCCCUUAUUUUGGUACAGUAUGCAUCAAUAUAUAGAACAGCUUAUAUUCUAAUUAGUGUUGAAAUACUAUACAAUUUGCUGUCAAUAUAAUACUUUGUGUAUGUGUUGUUGUCAACACAAGACCUUAAACCAUUUUACUGGGAGUUCUGUGUUUAAGUUAUGGAGGCUUCUUUAUGGAAUAGUUGUACGUUUUGAUGGCCAGAGAGGUUUUUCAUCACUAGAAUUACUUAAGAUGGUAUUAUUUAUAAUGCAUAAUCUUUCUCUUGUAGUGUAUCAUUUAAAAUUGUUAACACUUGUCUACACUACAGCAGUUAUGCAAUGGUUUACAGAAUUCAUGGAAUUAUUUUUGUCAUCUUGGGAAUUAAAUAAUUUUUGAUCUUUAA